CGCAUUCAUUGGAACCAUCUCGUCCGCCCAUGGCCAUGCAUGGAUGGAUGGAGGCAGGCAGGCAGGCAUAUGUACGUCACGGACGUCUCAACGAGCAGGUCACAACAAAACACACACAGCCAAGCUUUGUCACAGCCUGCCUUAAACCACACACCACACACGGAAAUGCACCUCAUGCAUGGCACGCGUCAGUCUUCUUCCUCUUCCGCCUCAUCGUCUUCCGCUUCCUGGUCCCGCUCGUCAAAACCGUUGUCGUCAUGCUCCUCAUCUUGAUCCUCACUCCACUCCCCCUCCCCCUCGCCCCCCUCCCCAUCCCCGUCAUCCAUGUCUUCGUCAUCUCCCUCGCCGCUCUCGUCGCUCCACUGCUCGCCCACCUCGUCCUCCUCCUCCUCGUUGUCCUCGUGGGUGGCAGCGCCAUUGAUUUCCAGGUCCAGGUCUCGGAUGAGAGAGUCGUCCAGCAAAGCUCUCCUGGCCUCUUCACCCUCCUUGUAGUCCACCAGGGCCUGACGGCGCUCCAUACGCUCCUGGGCCAGGUCUGCAGACCUCCAUGACAUGAAGAGGGAGGGAGAGGGGCUGAUGCGAUGCGUGAUGCAUGCGUGUGCACAGCGACUGACUGACUGCCUGACUGCCUGACUGACCCUUCUGUUGUGCGACGACGGUGCGGGUGUGGUUGAGGAGUAGGUCCAGUUUGCCGUACAGCCUGACGACCGUCGGGUGGUUAGCCGUCCGCUGCUGGAUGUGCUCAUACAACGAGUGAAGCAUCUACACACACCCACACACCCAGGCAGGGUCAGGCAGGCAGGCAGGCAGGCAGACGGGCAAACGCACACCUGCACGUGUUCGAUGUGUGUGUGCAGGUGUGUGGUCGGCUACCCACCGGUCUGCAGUGCGGCAUGGUCAUGAGGUAGCCCGUGUGGUUGGUGAGGAUUGCACGCAGCCACUUCUGGUGCUCAAACAUGCCCAUCGGCUUCCUGCACACACCACAGCACAGCCACAGAGACGGGGAGGGAGGGGGGCACACACACUUCCUUUAAGUCCUUUGGUGAUUGACACUUGCCUUGCCUUGCCCCCCUUGUCUGUCCGUCUGUCUAUCGGCUGGUCGGCCACUUACGCGUGGAUGCGCAGGGUGAUGUGUUCGAGCAGCUUGGCGACCAGGUCAGACGGUAGCUCGGCAAGAGUGGCUGCUAUCACUGACAGACAGACAGACAGACCAUGAUACACCAACGACACACAGGGGGCAACAGCCAGAAUGGACUCGUUUCGCAGCGAGGCGCACACAGCACACGUGUGUGUGUACCAGACCAGGUUCUAGUUUGCUCCUCAGUGCUGACUCGAGCAUCUGCGGAUCAUCCGAUGUCAGCGCCUGACGCACGACACUGUAGCCAGCCAACAUUGCAGCCAGCACAGAGGAUUGGAAGCUAGCUUUUCUGCCCACUCCUCACCUCACCUGGCCAUCGACGUGACCGCCACACGACCUUUCUUGGACUUGUUCUGCUGCAAGCAGAGCAAAGGCACACACACAGCACAGACACGUACGCAACAUCGAUCGCUACCUAGAGCCUCCCUCCAUGGCUGCGUACCUUUGCGAGUUUGUGAGCCAUAGCCUCGAGCACUUUGCCCUCCCCCUCAGUCAUCUUGGCCGCCGGGCGAGACGCCCGCACGUCCAGAGGACCCAACGCCACGCCCCCACCACGCCGCCCCUUCUCACCGCCCGCGCCUGCUGCUGCCCCCUCUCCCUUUUGAUCUUCCAAAGCCACGAGUGCCCUGCAUGGGGCGAGAGAGACCGUCUCCCACCGGACGGCAGGCUGCUUCUGGGUGCUGGUCGUCUCCACCUUGGCAUCGACACGCACCCGCUCAAACGUCGGCUGGCCCCUGAAGCCCCGCACGACGAGCAUGUCCAUGUGAGGCGACUCCUGGGAGGUGAGCGACAGGUGCGUGGGGGCGUGGACGGCAAUAACGCGGUCCUUCUUGUCUUGCGAGUCGCAGGAAAUGUCGCUCUGCGGCGCCAGGGGCAGGAAGGACACAGAGCGCCGCUCCGUCUCUGGAUGGUCGUCUUGAUCUUGGUCCGCUGAUACUUUCCGUCUCUUGGCUGCUUUGGUGUCGAGUGUGAUGGCGAGCCCGCCGAGCCACCAGAGGGCCACACGCCCCUGGUUGGUCAGCCCAACCACCGUGUAGUCAGCCCAAGAACGGGCCGCCUUCGCAGCAGCAGCAGCAGCCCUCUUGCGCUUCUUCUGCUGCUUAGUGCUGGCGCCGCCUUGGGCUGCCGGCUGAUGCGGCUGCCCCUGCUCCACACCGCUGCUGAUCGGAUGCACCACCACCCGCACAUCGAUGAUGGUCUCGUGGUCGGUCAAAACCAGUGGCGCAGUUGGCUGGUUUCUGUGCGUGUGGUCGUCGCUGCCAUCAUCACCAUCACUGAUCCAGGGCAGCCGCCAGAGGUGGACGCUCGUGUCGGCGGCCAGGGUGAGGAGGAAGCGGUCAUCGGGCGCGAAGCGGAUGUGGGAUACGUCGGCCUGCAUGCCCGUGAACUUGGCGUCGAUCCGCCGCCUCUGCCCGGCCGUGUCUUGGCUCUCAUCAUUGUCGAAGCUCGUGAGGUCCCACAGCUUGAGCCGCCCAGCCCCGCUGAUGGAGGCCAGCUUGGUGCCGUCGUGACUGAUGGCGAUCCUCUUGACGGCCACCCCGUGACGCGCCACCUUGAUGGUUCCCGUGGCGGCCCCGUCCCCCAGCGACCGCUCGCUGACACUGCCGUCCCCCCCACACGUGAAGAAAGACUGCUGGCCCGGGCUGACGACCAUGUCGGCAAUGGGGGACAAAGACUGAUGGGUGGAGCCAGCCACCUCGAGCUGGAGGCCUUGGUCCUCUCUCGGCGACACAUCGAACAAUCGCUCCAGCCUCAGGAGGUCCCAGUAGUGUAUGCACCCGUCAGAGUAGCCGAUCAGCAGGCGAGAGCGGUCCGCUUGAGAUCCUCCAGAUGUGCCGAACUUGACGACGGAGAUGCGCCUGCCGGCCUCGUGGUGCUCGUGGGAGAGAGUGCUCGUCUGGGUGUCAUACGCCUUCCAUCGGUUCGGCGUCGCUGCGGCCGCAAACGUCUUUCCCUCCUCAUCGAAGUGAUAGAUCACUGACUCGGCCAUUGGCUCAGAGUAGAUCACUGAAUCUUGGGAGCAUGUGGACGCAUCAAAA